CCUAGACACUUCUGACGUCACGUAUCACUAAAGUCAAUAGUUUAUCAAAAACGUAAAUAAUUCAAAAUGAUUACACGAUGUUCGGGAUUUUAACAGAAAAUGAAAUUAUACACAUAUCUCAGGAUCGGCUUAAUUUUUUCAGUAGCUUUGGUGAUUUUUUACUUCUACAGUAUUAAAAUACUUAACAAUAAGGGGGAUGUAAACGAAGAAGAGGAAAGCCACAAAGUAACAAAACAGUAUGAAGAAACAACGGAACGAAUCGAAUUUAAAAGAACUGACAUCGUCGUCGCGGUGGUGGCAUGUGGGGACCGACUGCUAGAAACCCUCAACAUGCUAAAAUCGGCACUAAUGUUCACCAAAGAGAAACUAAACUUCAUUAUUUUCGCAGAAGACGCUUUGAUUGAAAGUUUUAAUCAAAAAUUGGAAGAAUGGAAACUGGUAACAAACAACGCUUUCACGUUCAACGUGAUGACACUAACGUUUCCUACGAAAGACGCGGACGAGUGGAAAAGCUUGUUCAAGCCGUGUGCCGCCCAGAGACUGUUCCUACCGAACAUACUGAAAGACGUGGACUCUGUUCUUUACAUGGAUACGGACACGUUGUUUCUGACUCCGGUGGAAAGCAUCUGGACCUACUUCCACAAAAUGAAUUCUAGUCAAAUGGCGGCGCUUGCCCCAGAGCACGAAGAUCCAAACGUUGGUUGGUACAACCGCUUCGCCAAACACCCAUUUUAUGGAAAAUUAGGUGUUAAUUCUGGCGUCAUGUUGAUGAAUCUGACACGAAUGCGGGCGUUCCAGUGGAGCGAAUACGUCGUUCCUAUUUAUAGAAAGUAUAAACUAAAAAUCACGUGGGGUGACCAAGAUAUCAUCAAUAUUAUAUUCCAUUAUCACCCAGGAAAAUUAUAUUUAUAUUCGUGUAGAUACAACUUCAGACCUGAUCACUGCAUGUACAUGAGUGUGUGUAAACCGGCGGAAAAGUACGGAGUUGCUGUCAUUCACGGGUCCCGCGGGUUCUUCCACUCAGAAAAACAACCAGUUUUUCAGGCGAUUUACAGAGCUUUUGAGGAGUUUCAGUUAGGUGGCGACACAUUCAAGGACUUUUAUCAGCCUCUGGAGACGUACUUGGAGCAAACCCAGAACACUAAUUGCGGCCACAUCAAAGACGUCUUUCUUAAAAAUGUUCAACGUUUUGUAGACGUUGACAAUCAGUUGUAGAAUUAAUAAGAAUCUCGUGCAAUUAAUUUAUGUUAAGUUCAUGCCUAAAGUGAACAACGAAGCUGUCCGUAACUAGAAAAUUUUUAUUUAUACACAUAUUUAUACUUUUAUAAGUGCUGCUAAUUUAAGUGAGAAUAUAUUUUUAGCCGCCA